CGUUGUUCGUGACACGGAGUUUUUACUCCUCUUAAUAGCCGAAUAAAACUGUGGGUAGUAAUUUUGCCAGGAUUCUUCGAACUGCAGCGCAGCGACGCCGCUCGUAAUUUGCGAGGUGACGAAUAUAAAAAUUAAUGGCGCAGAAAAGUAAAAUAGCAAAAUAGCACAAAUUUUAUCGUCGCCAAAAGCAUGUGCGCGGCGAUCGGUUUUGAAAUUAACCGGUAAGCGUCGAAACGUGAAAAUUUGUGCGAGUCAGUAUGUUCAACGGAACAAACGAAUGAACAUCGACGAAAAAAAUGCGGGCGGUCGCGAUACUGGUCGUCUGUUUGUUGGCGAGAAAUUCACUCCAGAGAGUGCAGUUUUACGAGGAAAAAAAAAUUUCGGACAACAAAUACGCGUGCAUGAAUAAGUUGAUCGACGAACUGACUCUACGCUCUUCGAACCUGAUGAUUUUCUCGACGGAUAUAAGUUACCCCGAAACUCUUAUGUCCAAUCGUUCUGUCACGAAUUUCAACAAAUGGUCUAAAUUGCGUGAUACGAUUUUCGUCAAGUCGGGAUCGAUAGCAAUAUUUCUCGAAGGGGUUAAAGAGCGCGACUUCGAACUGAUUGGACAACUCAAGGGUGCCGUAGUGGUGAAUCCAGUUUUGAUGGUAUGCAUCGCGAAUGCAAUUUGUAAUUCGAAAAUGUAUAUGGAAGAGAUCCUUGAAACGUUGUCAAACGCGAAACUCCGUUACGCAGCAGUUGACGCUAACGAAACGAUCAAUUUGUACGAAUACACGUUAUUAGCGGAAGGAAAAUGUUGGACCCCUCAGUUUAAACGAAUCGGGACGUGCUUGCGUGGUUUCACUGCCGACGGAUCCUCAGAGCCAACGAUGAAUUUCCACAAAUGUCCUCUUCGAGUCAUCACUUGCAACACACCACCCUAUUCGAUGGAUUGCUCUCAGACGUCGCCGGAUUUGAGUUUUCAUUAUCGGUGCGGAAUAGAAAGAAUGAUCUUGGAUUGGCUUGUUUACAAGUUAAAUGCUACUUAUGAAAUUGAUAUGGUCGGAGAACCGAACGAUAUCCGACGACUGCUGGCUAAUCGUCAAGCGGAUAUCGGAUUCGGAAAAUUAGAUAAUCGACCAUACAAUGGUAUUGUGUCUUCUUUUCCGCACUUGUUCGUUCACCAGACUGUUGCCGCAUCUAUUUCGUUUUGGGACCAGACGAUAUCGAUCGCAAGAAUGUUAAUACCGUUCAGAACCGUGGUAUCGUCUAUUAAGAUUUAUAAUAACUUUAAGAGUCUGAAUACAAUUGUGUGUAUCUACCCACCACUUUUUUUCAAGGUUUGGCUAGCCGUUGCUAUGGCAUUUCUGACAACUUUUACAUUCGUGAAACUUAUGCCUGGCUUCGGAAAAAUCGGAAUACUGCAGAUUUAUGGCGCUUUCAUCAUGCAGCCUAUACCGCCUGUGAUCCCCCGCAGAACUUUCAUAAGAAUUUAUCUGAUUCCGAUAAUAGUCGGUGGCUACUUGUGUACUCAAGCUUAUCUGGCUAACCUUACUAAGGGUUUCGUGAUGAAUCCGAAAUAUACAAUAAAUACAUUGCAAGAUCUUGAGGAUUCCGACAUUCAAGUGACGGGAUAUUCGGAUGGUAGAACGGGCUUCAAGAAUGACUUUCCACGCAUUUAUGCCGAGUACAAGAUUGAAGACUAUCCUAUGUAUUUUUACAAAUUGAAACGUCUGUCCACGGGUGAAUUGGACGACGAAGCACUUCUCAUUGAGGAGACGUUCGAGAGCAUAGAUUCAUGGAGAGGCGCACGAGCAUUAGAGAAUUCUAUCGGGCAGUACGGGGUAGGAUUUUUGAUGCCAAAUACAAGUGUUCUGCGGGAACCGAUCGACCGAAUUAUAAUCACUCUUCUAGAACAUGGAAUUGUUACAAACAUCCAAAAAAUUGCGUUCUCGAACUCACGAAUGAAAAAGUCAGAAAAUUCGCCAGUAGUUAUUUCGUUGAAGAAAUUUCGGAGCGUAUUUUACAUACUAAUAAUUGGACUGGCUAUUAGCUUUUUCGUGUUUCUCAUCGAAUUAGCCAUGCCAAUUUUGCAAGAAAAGUUCAAGUCACAGUGGAAAUAAUUUCACGCAAACGAUCCGUUCUCGAGGAUCCUUGCCGCCGAGGCAUUAAUUAUGGGGAUCAUCGAUCCUCGAAUAACGUAGUCUUUCUUAGAAUCAUUAUUUUAGCCGAGUCCGAAAACUUGUCCGUUUGAUAGAUUAUCCGUGUGGCACUAUUUCUCGUGUGAUUCGCAGUCUUGAAUUUUUCUGCAACACAUCGCGCGUGAGGCGAUUAGCACCGACACUAUUAGUACCGACGUUAAGUGUCACCGGUUUGUUCGACGGUUUGAAUUAUUGAAGCAAUAAAAAAUUUACGAGCACCAUGACACGGUUAAAUGCACGUGGCGAACCAUAUGAAGAAUCAGUAUACGACGGUCAACUACCGCGAAUACUUUCUUCGAUGGUCGCGAUACGUCCAACGAUCAUUUUCAUGAUCGUCGGAGUCUCGAUGCAGAGUUUGAAAUUUUUGAAUGACAAGAAUC